AAGGAUAGGAUUACCAUAUACUAAUAUUUCAGAACUAGCCUCCUUUAAUACUUUGCUGAACUGAUCUAUGAUCGAUCUAUAUGAAUACGCCCGGUGUUGAUUUGGGUAGUAUCAUCACUGAAUCUGCAGAAACAAACAACGAGAAGCCUCGUUCUAUCUGGGGAUUGACUGCACUAGGUGUUACUGCUGGAGCAGUUGUAGCAUUGUGUAUUGGUGCCGCUCCAUUUAUAUCACCAGCUCUGCGCAAGUUUUGUCUUCCAUUCAUCCCUGCAACUGAAGCACAAGUAAGAAACGUAAUUUCAGCUUUACCCCAUCGUGGUGGAAAACUUGCAGAUAUUGGCAGUGGAGAUGGAAGAAUUGUCCUAGAAGCAGCAAGAAAUGGCUUCACUGCAUCAGGAUAUGAACUUAAUCCAUGGCUUGUAUUUUAUAGCAAGGUGAAAGCUUUUCGUCUUGGAUUAUCGUCUAAGGCUACAUUUGUAAGACGAGACUUAUGGAAAACAGAUUUUCAGAAAUAUGAAAAUGUUGUCAUUUUUGGGGUUGAUCAAAUGAUGCCAAGAUUGGAAGAGAAGCUUGCACAGGAACUACAUCUGGGAUCGCAUGUUGUUGCAUGCAGAUUUCGAUUUCCGAAUUGGAAACCAGUAAAAGUAAUAGGCCAUGGCAUUGAUAAAGUCUGGCUUUACAAUAUACCACAGUCGUUCACAGAUUUAAGUGUUGGAAAAUCCACAAAUCACUAAUUUUGUUACCUGACCUUACUAUGAGUAUGAAUGUUCAAUUCUUAUGAGCUAAUAUUUCAGAAUUUUUAUGCAGAACCUUGUUUCAUUUAACAUGAAAAAAUAAUUAGAAUAUGUUAUCCUGACUUGCUGAAUGAAUCCAAUUUAGAAAACGUGAAUUCAAUUAUAGUGGGUCAAACAGGAAAUAAGCGACUGAAUCUGUCAGUUUUGCUUUGUAACAUCAUGCUCUGGUAAGCGUAUGUGUAACGAAGAAAUUGCUGGCUAACAUGACACCAUAUAGCCAGACGAGAAGGUGACCCGCGGACCUCGAACUUGUUACCUGCCUCAUCACCACGCUGAAACUCCCAACAAGCCAGAUAAAAAAGAAUUGUUUUUUGACUCUACACAUCUAUUUGCUGUGCCGUAGGUUCAAACAUUAGCCUCGUGACGCGAUUUAAUAGCUUCCAACUCUGAUAUAGAAGCCAUGUUUUAUAUGAUUCGAUUACUUGCAGCUAACGUUUGUUUUAAUCGAGCUGCGUGGAAAUACGCAUUCUAGAAACAACUACUGAUAGAGACUUGAUGAUGAUUUACUUCCGUCGAAAUGGGAUGUCGAUUCCGCCAUAUCAACACCUGAAGAUACAAUCAAGAUGUGACACGCAAAAGCAACCAAGUGCGUUUCGAUUUUUAAAUCGGAUUUGCGUGAAAUAUCCAGUCUGCGCGUCUCCGUUAAUGUUAAUUAGGAUCUCGACAGAUUCCGUGUGCAAAAAUCUCUUGACAUGCAUUGAGACAGCCAGCGGGAUCGCUUCAUAUUUGAAAACCAGGAGUUUCCUGAUUUUGCUACCAAGAGAAACGCCAUCGGUGUAACCAGCUCACUUUGUGAUUCGUUUGGAUUGUCAGCAAAACCAAACUAUAAUUGUGAUAAUGUUGGCGUGACAAGCUAUCUUGGGAUGAAGAUUUCGACUAUAAGAGAUUGAAGUUUUGAACAAAGUGGAUGAAUUCUUUAGGAUCUUUUGAUUUCUCGUCAAUUCAAAUGUGAAUAUCCUUCGUACGAAAUUCAUAUAUUCUGUGAUGCAUCGGAAGUGGCAGAUAGUGCGGUAGUAUACCGGUAUACAAUAUCGGAGCAUUCCUCGCAGAAUUAUUGUAGUAUCAUUGCAGCCAAAACGAAGGUCCAUCUACGAUAUGACAGCACUUCACUUAGAAUUGCAAAAUAUCCUAUUGACCGUACAUUUGUUAAAUUUACCCUUCCAUUUGGUAUAUGUUGUCUGACUCUACUUGUGUAUUGAGAUAUUCAAGAUAUAAAUCGCUCAGAUUUAAGGCCUUUGUAGCCACUCGCAUUCGCGAAAUACUUGGUACCUCUCAGCCACGUUACUCAGAUACGUUGAUUUCAUUAGAGGAAUUGCUUUUGCCUGAAAGUGGCUGGCCCGUCUCCCAGGUGUCUCUGCAUUUUGUUUUGUCUGUUUACUUUUUGUAUUGUUUAUGCCGGAGAACCAAAAUAAAUGAUUGAUUGAUUG